AUGGAGACUUGGAGAAUAGAAGAGAUAGAGGAUUUUUUCCCUAAGUUCUUUUUCAUAGCAAAAUCGAAAAUCGUGCUAUGCUUAAGUGCUAUCAAUGUAACUUUGUCUGGUCUACUAAACUUUGUAGACGAGUUAUGGUCAAGCUGUGUCGAAGAACGGAUCAUAGUAUUCACUACGAACCAUAAGGAGAAACUCGAUCCGGCAUUGCUGAGACCAGGAAGAAUGGAUGUUCACAUACUCAUGGAUUAUUGUACACCUACUGUUUUCAAGAAACUCGCUGCAUUGUACCUUGAAAUCGAAGAACAUGACAUGUUUGAGCCUAUUGAGAAGAUGUUACUUGAGGUGAAAACAACUCCAGCUGAGAUCACAGAGCAGCUUAUGGUAAGCAAGAAUCCAGAUGUUACGCUUAAGGGUCUUGUUGAGUUUCUUGAAACUAAGAAGUUGACUAAAGAGAGUGUUGAUACUGAAACUAAAGAAGCAGAGGCAUGA